AUGAAGAUAACUGCUUUAUUUACUACUCUAACCCUCGCGGCUUGCAUCUCCGCUCAAGCCGUCGACCCAGCAGAACCCAUCCUCCCUACCAUAGUCACCAUAAAGCCAAUAACCAGAUCCCUCACUCUCGUAACAAUCUCCCCACGCCCAACCCUAGUCACCACACGUACACCCCUUCCCACCAAAGACUGCGGACCCUGUCCGAUCUCGACCACUUCAACCGUAACACUCAUCUACAAACGACCACCAAUCUGUCCGGAAUACCUUUGUUAUCCAUGUAACUACAGCCUCCUCGAACUCGAGAAGCGUGAGGCCGAAGCCGUGGAGAAGAGACAGUUACCGACUACGACGGUGUUGGCGCCAUGUUGUUGUGCGACUUUGCCGCCGAGUACGACUACUAUUACGAAGGAUCCUUGUCCGAAUCCGUGCGCUUGUACGAUUACUACGACGGCGGUUCCGACGACUUGUUUGAGGCCUAGUGUUACUCCUUUUUACGGGUAA